AUGACCUCCCGCAUCUCCCUCGGACGCCCACAGGGCGGCAUGUCUCAGGGCUACGGUCCCCAGGGCGGCUAUCAGCCCGACCCGCACGGCUUUGGCAACUCACGUCCAUCCUCGGGCUACCGCGCCGCGAACCCAGACGACCCGCUCGAGAAGAUUCGCGCUCUCGGAAAGACUGUCGAGGAUAAUGUCGAAAUCUACUCGCAACCGCUCAAGCCCCAUCUUCCGGCUAUCGGUCGCUUCAUGAUCAUCGUUACUUUCCUCGAGGAUGCACUCCGCAUCAUGACCCAGUGGGGCGACCAAUUGUGGUAUCUUCAAAAGCAUAGGAAGUUUCCUUGGGGUAUCUCACAUACCUUCUUGUUGCUCAACAUCAUCGUCAUGGUCACGUCGUCCGGCGCGAUCGUCACAAAACGCCACACUGAAUUCGCGGUUGCCGGUCUCGUCGGUGUUGUAAUCGCCCAGGGCUUUGGAUACGGUCUCAUCUUCGACCUCAACUUCUUCUUGCGCAACCUCUCAGUUGUCGGAGGUCUCUUCAUGGUGUUCUCGGAGAGCAUGAUCUCGCGCAACACACGCUUCGCCGGUUUGCCCACGCUCAGCGAGAACGACCGCCGCAAGUACUUCUUGCUUACCGGUCGCAUCCUCCUCAUCUUCCUCUUCCUCGGCUUUAUCUUCCAAGGGACAUGGAGUAUUGGACGCGCGAUCAUGAGCGUCUUCGGCUUCGGCGCUUGCGCGAUGGUUGCUGUCGGUUUCAAGGCCAAGUGGGCCAGUGGCGCACUCGUUGUUAUCCUCUCGAUCUUCAACAUCGUCGUUAACAACUGGUGGUCGGUCGCACACUCGCACCCCGCGCGUGAUUUCCUCAAAUACGAUUUCUUCCAGACAUUGUCGAUCGUUGGCGGUCUCAUCCUCCUCGUGAACAUGGGCCCAGGUGGCCUCUCGGUCGACGAGAAGAAGAAGAACUACUAA